ACGGUGCGACCUCUCCCCUCUGCAGAGAUACGAAAGAUCCGGUGCCGCGGAUGGGAAAGGCAGCCGGUCCGUGUUGUCUGUGCCCCCCUUUGCCAAGGAGCUGCACCUGGAGAUCGUCUGCUCGCCAGCCUACAGCACCCGGGGAGGCUACGACCGUGUCCUCUACAAGCACUUCAGAACGCCCCGGCUUGUCCAGGAGGGAGACGUCCUGUGUGUUCCAACAUUUGGAUAUGCCGAGUUUUUAGAAGUAAAUGCAGACAAAUUCCUAAGGUGGGUUCAACAAACAGCGCUGUGCCAUCUGCCCCAGCCUAUAACAGCCACGAGUUCUGGAGCAGUUUGUCUCCUGCUGGACUUUCUGAUGUCGUGAAGCAGCUCUGUGAUGCUCUUCGGCCUCACCUGGACAGUCGGGCAAGUGCACUGACCGGGGCUGGCAGUGUUCUCCUCUCAGGGCCAAGCGGCAGUGGGAAACUCAUGGCUGUCAGAGCAGUGUGUAGCUGCCUCAACCUCCACCUCUUCAAGGUUGAUUGCGUUAGUUUGUGCAGUGACACCAGUGGAGCCACAGAGGAGAAAGUACAGAUGGCCUUCACCCAGGCCCAGCAGUAUGCUACUCUGAGACAGCUGCUCCUGGUCAGAGACCCAGCACUGAGCAGCUACCCUGUCUUGGUGAUUGGCACAACCUGCAGGCUCCAGGAUGUUCCUACAGACGUGCAGACUGCUUUCCUUCACAAGGUGAAGAUUGAAGCCCCUUCAGAAGAGCAGAGGAGGUCGAUGCUGAGCAUGCUGACUGCCAGUCUGCCUCUGGGCAAAGAAGUGAGCCUAUCCAAGCUGGCCUGCAGGACUGCAGGUUUUGUGCUGGGAGAUUUCUGUGCCUUGUUGUCCCACAGCAGCCGGGCUGCUUGUACCCGCAUCCAGGCCUUGAGUUUUCCAGGCGGACUGAGCGAGGAAGUGGAGAGAGAUUUUUGCACUGCUGGAUUCCCAGUGCUUGAGGAGGAUUUUACUGUUGCGCUGGACCAGCUGCAUGAUGCCCAUUCACAGGCAGUGGGAGCCCCAAAGAUUCCCUCCGUGUCCUGGCAGGAUGUUGGUGGACUCCAGGAGGUGAAGAAGGAGAUCCUGGACACUAUCCAGUUGCCCCUGGAGCACCCGGAGCUGCUGUCACUGGGUCUGUGCCGCUCUGGUCUGCUGCUGUAUGGGCCUCCAGGGACAGGGAAGACCUUGCUGGCAAAAGCCGUGGCAACCACAUGCACCAUGACAUUCCUUAGCGUGAAAGGGCCAGAGCUCAUCAACAUGUACGUUGGGCAAAGUGAGGAGAACGUGCGUAAUGUGUUUGCCAGAGCCAGGGCAGCUGCUCCCUGCAUUAUCUUCUUUGAUGAAUUGGAUUCCCUGGCCCCCAGUCGUGGACGGAGUGGAGAUUCAGGGGGCGUCAUGGACAGAGUUGUCUCACAGCUCCUGGCUGAGCUUGAUGGCCUUCAUUCCACCAGAGAGGUAUUUGUCAUUGGAGCUACGAACAGGCCCGACCUCCUGGACCCAGCUCUGCUCCGACCAGGCAGGUUUGACAAGCUGGUCUAUGUGGGCAUAAAUGAAGACCGGGAGUCACAGCUGCAGGUGCUGAGUGCCGUCACCAGGAAGUUUAAACUGGAUCCUUCUGUGAAUCUCACCACCAUCCUAGAAAAAUGCCCAGCUCAGCUGACAGGAGCAGACAUCUACGCCCUGUGCUCAGAUGCCAUGAUGUGUGCUGUCAAACGCAAGGUGGAAUGGAUUGAGGAAGGGCUGGAUACCGAGAGCUCUGCUCUGAUCCUGACCAUGGAAGACUUCCUGCAGGCUGCUGCGAGGUUGCAGCCAUCAGUCUCUGAGCAGGAGCUGCUCAGGUACAGACUCAUCCAGCAGAAGUUUGCUGCCUGCUAAUGCUCAGCAGAGCUGGGACUGGAGGGGUGAUGGGGACAGGGCGUUAAGGGGUGUGAGAGAACAGGCACAAACAGGCACCCACCUGCUCUUCUCUGAUGUCUCCUGGACCCCCCUCUUGCGAGCUUGGGUGUAAAAGUGUCUGUGCUGUUUCUUGAGCCAAAGCCUGGUGGAAACGCUGCUGUGCACAGCCAAGCUGGUGGUGGGUUCUGUGAUGGUCCCUCACAUCUCAGGGAGCGCUUAUGAGGAGGAAGCUGAUUCACAUGGUUGUGAGUGUCUCCAUGGGUGACAGUGUUGGUGGGGGAGCAAGGCCCAAACUGCACCUGGUUUGGCAGCAAGAGUGAGGCUGGAGGCAGUUGCUUGUUGGGUUGUUGGCCCCAAUGAGGAGUGCUGGC